AUUCUCGCGUUGGAGGCGCACAUCUCACGCCACAUUUUGAACUGCGUACCGACAGCAGGGCAUCUUGCAUUGUGUGGGGAAAACAAACCUCAACAUGGCAGAUGUUCUAAUUCUUGAUGAGGAGCCAAAGCAAGAGGAGUCUACUGCAUCCGUCAAGUCCGAAUCCGAGGAGACAUCUGAAGAAACGCCUAAUGGCGUUAAAACGGAUGCUGAAGAAACUAACCCCCCCAAAGAAAAGCAUGAUGGUAAAGAGAAGUCCUCCGGGAGCAGAAGAGGAAACCGCAUCCAUCCCUACAAAGACAAACACGUUGGCGAAAAGAAGGACGCUCAUAGGAACCGGGUGUUCAUCAGCAAUAUCCCUUAUGAUAUGAAGUGGCAGGCAAUUAAAGAUCUAAUGCGUGAGAAAGUUGGUGAGGUUACAUACGUGGAGCUCUUUAAGGAUGCAGAAGGAAAGUCAAGGGGUUGUGGUGUGGUGGAGUUCAAAGAUGAGGAGUUUGUGAAGAAGGCGAUAGAAACUAUGAAUAAGCAAGACCUGAGUGGAAGACCACUCAACAUCAAGGAGGACCCUGAUGGGGAACAUGCUCGCCGUGUGCUGCAGCGCAUAGGAGGUCAACAGGGAGGUCGUGGGCAGGACAUGGGGCCUGGUGGGAUGAACGUCCCACACUCUAUUGCCAACAACCCUAACAUCCCACCUGAGGUCAUCCAUGCACUGCAGGCUGGACGACUGGGCACCACAGUGUUUGUGGCCAAUCUGGAUUUCAAGGUGGGCUGGAAGAAGUUAAAGGAGGUGUUUGGCAUGGCAGGUGUGGUGAAACGUUCAGAUGUAAAGGAGGAUAAAGAUGGCAAGAGCCGCGGGAUGGGAACAGUGACGUUUGAGCAGUCACUGGAGGCUGUGCAGGCCAUAUCCAUGUUCAAUGGACAGAUGUUGUUUGACAGACAGAUGCAUGUUAAAAUGGAUGAGAAAUCUGUUCCCCCUGAGGAUUUCCACCAAGUAGAAAAAACACCUCAGUUACCACGUGGUCUAGGCGGUGUUGGCAUGGGACUGGGCCCAGGAGGGCAGCCUAUAAAUGCCAAUCGUCCAAGCGGAGGAGGAGGAGGAGGAGGAGGAGGAGGCGGCGGCGGCGGCGGAGGAGGCGGCGGCGGCAUGGGCUCCAUGGGGCCUGGAGGUAUGGAUGUUCAAGGUUAUGGUGGAAUGAACAGACUUGGAGGAGGAAUGAGUGGUGGCGGGGGCUUUGGGGGCAUGGAUAGCAUGGGCAACACGGGUGGCUUUGGAGGGAGAGACAUGGCGCCAGGUGGCAGGAUGGGAGAUAUGUACCGGUCAGGAAUGGGUGGAAUGGAUCGUGACUUUGGCCACAGUGACAUGCCAAUGAAUAGAGGAUUUGGUGAUUCUUUUGGCGGAAUGGGUGGAGGUUUUGGAGGAGGCAUGGGCAGUUGUGGCAUGGGUCACAUGGGGACUGGAUUAGGCGGUGGAAUGGGAAAUAUGUCGAUGGACCGGAUGGGCUCCAGCAUUGACCGUAUGGGCAUGUCAGGAAUGGACAUGAACCGUGGCUUUGGUGGCUAUGGAGGUGGGGGACCGGGCCACAUGGGUGGAGGCAUGUCUGAUAGGGGCUCUGGGUCUAAAGGAGGCUGUCAGAUCUUUGCGCGAAAUCUGUCCUAUGAUCUAACAUGGCAAAAGCUGAAAGAGAAGUUCAAAUGCAUUAAUUACUCAUUGUUGUCUACUGCAGGCCAGGUGAUGUUCGCAGAGAUCAAGAUGGAGAACGGAAAGUCAAAGGGCUGUGGAACGGUGAGAUUCGACUCUCCAGAGAGUGCUGAGAAGGCCUGCAGGAUGAUGAAUGGAACCAAGAUCAACGGCCGAGAGGUGGAUGUCCGUAUCGAUCGGAACGCCUAAAGCUUUUGUAGAAGUCACGCUAACACACUUCCACAUUCAGCCCUCUCGCCAAUGAUCUUUUGUUUUGUUUUAAAAACACUAUUACUUCAUAUCUCCAUGUGUCCACUGUUUUUGUUUAUUUUGGUUUGUUUAUAUAUACUACAUAGCUCGUAUAUUUGUUUUGUAAACCCUUUUUAAUUUGUCAGGCAGUUAUUUGAACAAAUAAACUUUUUAAUUUUUAAA